UUACAUACAAAUUAAAUUCUAAUUGUUGAGGAAAAUCAACUACUAGAAGGGGCUUAGUAGUUUGUGAUCGUGAUCGGAAGAUGGAGGGAGGAGGAGGAUACGCGUGGGCAGUAUCUGCUGGAUUCAACGCCGCUCUUGCAGCCAUCUUCGCCAAGCUUACCUUUCACAUCUUGAUUAAAUAUGGCCUGGUGGUAUUGUUCAAUGUAACCAUGUGGGGUUGUUAUGUCAACAGCCUUAAAGCUCUUUCAUCUCUUCAAGCUACUGUCACCAAUUUCGCUACCAAUUUCAUCACUUCUGGUUUAGCUGGUUUCUUCUUCUUUCACGAAUCACUCUCUUUCCAGUGGUUUGCAGGUGCCCUACUCAUAAUAAUUGGUGUAAUAAUACUUAGCAACUCGAAUAUUGAAAAGAAGGUUAGCUCUGAUUAGAUGAUGUGUUCCGCAUGGUUCCGCUCAAGCUUUUGUAAAAGGAGGAAGCUAGCAUCUGCAACUGUAUGAACAAUAAUUUGUAACAUCUGAAAUAGUAUAGUUCGAUCAUCUGCUGGGUAAUUCACUCCUCACAUGAAACAGGCUGAACAAGUUUGCUAAAUUAACAGCUUGCUCGAUGUUUUAUUGACUUUAUUUAUGUGGUUCUGUGGUGUAAGUUGGUUUGAGAUGAAUGCCAAUGUUUUAGAGGCAGAUCUUUGAUGUUAUUAUAUUUGUAUGAUGCUGGUCAUGUUACAUGUUCUCUUUGGUUCUUUUCUCAUAAUUGAAUUGGACAGAAUUGGUGCA